GGAAGCGGAAGUGAAGUAAAUCAGCACCGGAAGUGGAGAAGCCGGACAGAGGGAGGGUGAAGGGGGACUCAAUUACGUUGGUGUCAAGUGCUGCAGUUGUAUCAGGACCUGCAGGAUCUGUCGCUGGUACAAUGGGGGUUUGUUGAUAAGAAGUAGUUGCUCGGCGUUACCCUCCUGUCCUUGAUCAGAUGUUCACAGAGGCCUCUGUCCUUGUACAAUAUGGCGGCAGUGCUGGAGGUGGAAAUUGGGGGAGAAGCUGUGAGAGAAGCAGCGGGAGAAGAGAUGGAUUUAUCUGAACUGGCACCAGAGGAACGAUGGAGGGUGGAGCACGCCCGUAUGCACGCCAAGCACCGGGGCCACGAGGCCAUGCAUGCAGAGAUGGUCCUUAUCCUUAUUGCCACCCUGGUAGUCGCACAGCUGCUGCUCGUACAGUGGAAGCAAAGGCAUCAGCGCUCCUAUAAUAUGGUGACCCUCUUCCAGAUGUGGAUCGUCCCUGUGUAUUUCACAGUAAAGCUGCACUGGUGGAGGUUCCUGGGCAUAUGGAUUGUGUUCUCCAUAAUCACAGCAUACAUCACAUACAAAGCAACGCGGAAACCCUUGUUGCAGACCACGCCCAGGCUGGUGUAUAAAUGGUUCCUGCUGCUGUACAAGAUGAGCUAUGCCACUGGCAUUGUGGGAUACAUUGCUGUCAUGUUCACUCUCUUUGGCCUAAACUUAUUGUUCAGGAUAAAACCAGAGGAUGCCAUGGACUUUGGGAUAUCACUUCUGUUCUAUGGCCUUUACUAUGGGGUUCUUGGCCGGGACUUUGCAGAGCUGUGUGCAGACUAUAUGGCAUCCACCAUAGGGUUCUACAGCGCCUCGGGGAUGCCCACCAAACACCUGUCUGACAGCGUUUGUGCCGUGUGUGGCCAACAGAUCUUUGUAGACGUGAAUGAGGAGGGGAUCAUCGAGAACACAUACAGGCUCUCCUGCAACCAUGUCUUUCAUGAGUUCUGCAUCAGAGGCUGGUGCAUCGUGGGAAAGAAGCAGACCUGUCCGUAUUGCAAGGAGAAGGUGGACCUCAAGAGAAUGUUCAGUAACCCAUGGGAGAGACCACACGUCAUGUACGGGCAACUGCUGGACUGGCUACGGUACCUUGUUGCCUGGCAACCUGUAAUCAUUGGACUGGUGCAAGGCAUCAACUACUGCCUAGGACUGGAAUAAGCCCCUCCCUCAGUUCCUUCCUCCGGCCAUCCAUGUCUGCCUGCACUACCAGAAACCAACGUGAGAGGGUGCCAACGAGGCUCCUCCCACUCCUCAGGAUUCCACCCGGCGGCCUCUCUUCUCGUGAAAGCUGCUCAGACACAGCCGUACAAUGUUAGCGGGACGGGGCCCUCGUUGUAUCAUUUACAACAACAUUUUCUUUGGCGUUUUUACCCCUAAGAGACCCAUCACUUAAUUGUUCAUUUUAAUCCAUUUAUCCCCAAUCAGUCUCCCAGGACAGCAUUCCAUUUAGUCUUAAUUACUUUGUGUGUGAUAUUAACCCUCGCAGUGUUAGGAGCACUAAGGCAUCACCUUCUUCUCUAGGAGUGGCGCCACCUAGCUGCCUGGAGGAACACUGAAAGGUUUAGCAGUGGGCUGUGGCUUACAGCACCAUUGUUUCAGUAGGAGAGGAGGAGACUGGAGAAUCCAAUCAGAUGGAGAGGCUCAAGCGCCCAUCAUGGAGAGCAGAGCAAGUUCCGGAGACUCCUGUAGAACCAAAGCCACAAUCCCAAGCACCUGCCUUUCUCCUCUUGUGACUCCAGCGCUGGAAUUCUAUGACCAAACAGGGUGUCUCCUUCCCUAAAAGCAACAUUGGAAAUCUGACUUUUAACAAAUGUUUUAAAGAAUGUAAAUGAGAAAUCUGAUUGGACGGCGAUUUUGUUUCUACGAGUUGCCAGAAAACACAGACCUUGGCUAAAGCUCAAGCCAAGAAAUCGAAUAUUUAUAAUGAGUCGCUCAGGCAGUGUCCUGAGGAGCAAUAAAGGCAAACUAGCGAUGUUAAAGGGGAACUCUACCCAAAUAAAGACAAUUUUAUGGAAAUUACUGUGUGGGCAUUGCUGCUCUCUGCACAGCUGGGUCUGACUGUUUAAACAAUGUAGCAAGAGGCGCCUCCCCUCCAGGUCUUGCAUGCUUAUUCAUGGGUCUGUUCUUUACAAAAGGAGCACGGCAUUGUGGGAACUUGAGUUUUGGCUGGAGGAAAACCGAUGUCCAAUACGUAUAUGGCAAAGUCAGAACCAGCAGUGCAAGGAGUAGCCAGACAGAUAUUUUUUCUUGUAAAGAAACAUUUUAAUACAUCCGUUACUUGGGGGGGGGGGUUGGGUUGCCCUUUAACUGUAAGAGUCGCUGGUGUGUGUGUGUGUGUGUAAGUGCUUGAGCAACGCAGCGGUGGAACCAUAUUGUGUGUGAUUCAUAAAGCAAGUGAGGAAUAACUGAGAGUUCACUUCUGGUGCUGUGGUUUGAGUCAGUGGUACCGACAGUGAUAUUGGCAUUUAUACACAAUAUAUAUAUAUCCUGUAUAUAUAUUAUAUAUAUAUAUAUAAUACACUAAAGCCAUGAAUAUCCUGUAAAUUAUAUCCUUAUAAAUGGCUCUUAGUGAUGUCAUCCGUUCUAAACGGCUUAGUGAUGUCAUCCGUUAUAAAUGGUGAGUAGUGAGGUCAUUUUUCACAUGACUUGCUAAAACUUGUGUAUUAUAAUAAAUAAAGUACCCCUUAUUGUAAAAUAUAGGGAUAUUAGAAGUUUCCUCGGAGUUCCACGACCUGUAUAAAAGCUCUAAGCCGGUUUGGUCCCGGAACUCAUCUGUGACUUAUAAUAUCCUUAUAUUUUACAAGUACAAGGGUUAUGUUAUUCACUAUAUACGCCAUAGAUUCAAUAGAACAUUGCUAUCUGUCAGUUGCCAAGAUUAUUGCGGUUUGAUAUUUAUAGAGCAUGGCAUUUACUAAGGACAGGGAAUGUUGUGGGCUGUUUGUCUAAGCGAAACAACAUGGCAGCUCCCAUCUCUACAGAGAAAUACCAAUAUCCAUAGGAAUAUCGAUAUAGAAUAUAAGCUCCCACUUGUUCAUGAGCAGCAAAAGAAUGACUGUGGGUUAAUUUGCCAAUGCUGGGCAGUAACCCACGGCAACCAUUCAAGUUUUGGCUUGUUCUACCCAGGCUGGCCAAUCACUGACCGCUCACUAAGGUCACUGCACUGUGUUGUGAAACGCGUAGGGUUGUCAGCCAAUACAGGAAAGGGGCAGUCGUGUAUAUUGGGGAUUUGGGGUUCUCUUGUGGUAAAUUAGGGUACGUAUUUGUUUGCACUUUGAUUGUUAGAAUGAUAUACUGUAUACAGGUGAAGGUGAUGGAUUGUUUUAGGUUCACUAUUCCCCCCCCCCAAUAUUUAAGAUGAUUCCCAGUUGUUGUUGGCUAUGACCCACCUCUUGUGCCCCUGUGAGGGGGUCUCCUGUGUGGCCUUGGGCUGAAUCCACAAAUCAACCUAAAAUAGAUCAGCCCCCAGCAGGUACAUUAAUAUGGAGCCCAUCCAACCUGCUGCCCUCCAGUCCCUCCAGGGGUCCCACCGUGGCCAACAGUCCAGCUGUAGGUUUCACAUAUUGGAGUCCGUACCCCGUAGUCUCUGAGGCAGGAGAUUGUGAGUAUCGAUUGCUCCACUCCCCGACGGGUGGGAUGGGAAAUGAUUUGGUCUCAGUCUUGGACGCGGUUCUACCGACUAUUUAUUCUGUUAGGAACAGGGCCCCCCCCCCCGGCUAAACUCCAAUAAAAUCUCUCUCAUGUUCUGCUUUUAA